UUUCAUUAUCAAUUGGUAUUUUGGCAAGCAAAGUCAGUGUGAGUCAGUGUCAGACUAAGUUAAAAAAUAGAAAAAUUUUUUAACAAAGAAAAAUUAAAGUAAAAAACUGAAAUAUAAUUUAUUACAGUGUUUAACUUUUGGAUCCUGUUGACAUAAUCAUUAUCCAAUAAAAGGAUAUUGGAUUGCUUUUUUUAAAUAAUGGCACCGAAUGAUCCAUGGCCAUUGAUGGCAUCUCCAUCACAUAGCAAAGGUUCAUCAAAAGGACGUGGUAAUAAUGGAAAUAAAAAAAAUAAUAUUAAAGAACAUCAACAAAAUAUUCUUAAAAAUUUAAAAGAAAUGUUUCAAAGUGCUGUUGAAGAUGAUGUUAUUGUAUCUGUUGCAAGUAGUUGUAAUUGGGAACAUCAAGCAUGUAUUGAUGCACUUAUUAAUAUAUCAUCAACUGUUGAAAUUGUUGAAAAUAAAAAAACAAAAUCACCAACAACAAUCAUAACAGAUAAAAAAAUAACAAAAAAAAAUAAUGAUUGUCAUAAUAAUAAUAAUGAUAUUAAUGAUUUAUCUAAAAUGACAAAACAAGCAUUAAAAAAACAGCAGGAGGAGUUAAAAAAAUUUGAAAAAAUAAAAAAAAAUAUACCGACAAAAUCACGUAUGGGUUCAUUUCGUGGAAGUAUAUCUAAGUUAGAGUCAUCAUCAAGUAUGACUCAUCAUAGCCCAUUAAAAAAUGAUAUUACAGUUGGUAAUACAGAUAAUGAAAGAUCAUGGGAACAUAAUAAUCCAAGAACAUCACCAAGUACACAAAAUACAUGGAGACGUGAAAAUUAUCAAGGACAAUCAACAGAACAACAACAUGAAAAUGAUGAUAAUAAUAAUGAUACAACAAUAACAACAACAACAAAAAUAAAUAAUGAUUCUUUAUGUGGUUUAAAAGUACAUUAUAAAACACUGGGUAACAGUGACACAAGCUCUGAUGAUGAUGAUGCUGAUGUUGUUAUUGAAGAAGAAAUAAAUACAAUAAAUAUACCAUCAACAAUAAAAAUAAAUUCAUCACAAUUUUUAUCAUCAACAACAUCAACAACAACACAAUCAAAUAUUAAUCAAAAAUUAACACAAUUAAAAUUAACAAAAUCACCACCACAUACACCAAAAAUAAGUCUAUAUCAAUCAACAAUUGAAAAAAUUAAAAAAUUAAUAAAUAAUAAUAAUAAAGUAUUGAUAUUAGUACGUGGUUUACCAGGUAGUGGUAAAACAACAUUAUCAAAAAGUAUAAUUGAAUCAACAAUUGGUGGUGAUUCAUCAAAAUAUAUAUAUUCAGCUGAUGAUUAUUUUAUAACAACAAAUGGUACAUGGAAAUAUGAUUCAUCAAAAAUAGCUGAUGCACAUGCAACAACACAAAAAAAAGUACUUGAUGCAUUGAAACAUGAUAUAACACCAAUUAUUAUUGAUAAUACAAAUUUACAAGCAUGGGAAAUGCGUCCAUAUGCAACAAUGGCUGUACAACGUGGUUAUAUUAUUGAAAUAAUUGAUAUUGAUACACCAUGGUCACAAAAUGUUAAUGAAUUAAGUAGAAAAAAUAAUCAUAAUGUUCCCAAAGAAAAAAUACGUACUAUGAUGAAUCGUUAUGAGCAUGGUUUAACUGGCCAAAAAUUAUGUGAUUAUUUUGGUCUUAAAUAUCCAGAUGAUAAUUCACCAAAUUUAAAAUUAUCACCACCAGUUAUUAAUGAAAUUGACGUACUAUCUGCUGAGGAUAUAAUAGCACUUGAAAAUUUAUCUGGUACACUUGAACAAGAAGAAUUAAAUUAUAUACUUGAUAAUAAUAAUUCAAGUGUUAUUAAUGAAGAAAAUAAUACAUAUAUUGAUUAUUUAAAAGAACUACGUGAUCGUAAAGAAUCACAAUCAAGUGUUGAAGAUUCAGAAAAAAAAAGUAUUGAAUCAACACUUGAUGAUCAUCAUUUUUUAUUACUUGGUGCUAUUGGCUCUGAAAGAAAAACAAGCUUGGUACCACAAAUAGAUACUAGUCCAAAUAAUGAAACAAUUGACGAUAAAAUUAUAGAUGAUAAUAAUGAUAAUGAUGAUGAUGAGGUUAGUCAUAGUGAUGACAAAGAUAAUAUAUUAUUAUCAAAAUGUUGGGAUUUUACAUUAAUGAAAGACGGUGAAGAAAUUCAUAGCUGUGGAAAUAAAAUACAAUCACCAGUGAGUCCAUCAGAAAUGAAAAAACAAGAUUGUGAAUUUAUUAAAAAAAAUAAUGAUAUGGUUGAUGAAGAAUCUACAUUAAAAGUAGUUGAUAAUAAAAAUCAACCAAUGCAACAUGCUAUUAAUGAAUUUUUAAAAGAACUUGCUGAAGGUUACAAUAAAACUCAGGGUCUAGAUAAAGUUCCAAUUGUACCAAAUACAUCGAGUGUUGUUAUUACUGAAAUUAUUGAUAAUAUUGAAAAUAAAAUAUCAGAUGAAAAAAUUGAAGAUACAUUAGAUGCUGUUGAUAAUUUAAAUGAUCAACAAAAUCCAAUUGAUAAUAUUGAAUUGAAUGAAGAAAACAUUGAGAUAAUUGAUAAAUCUGAUGAUGAAACUGGUGUUGCAUCAAUAAAAGUAGAAAAAGAUGAUGAUUAUGAUGAAAAUAUAUCUGAAUUGGCAUGUAAAGAUAAAUAUUCAGAAUUAAUUCUUGAUGCUACUGAUAGUAAAUUAUUGGAUAGUGAUAUAUUUCUUGAAAUAGAAGAAUCAUCUGGUGAUGUAUUAACACUUGAUUCAUAUUUAAAAUUAAUAAAAAAAUCAAUACCACAACAAAGUAAUACUAAAAAAAUUGAAGAACUUAUUGAACAACAAAUUAAUAAUUUAAUUGAAGCUAAAAAAAUUGAUUUUAAUUCUGCAAUUACUGAUGAUGUUAAAAAACAAAUAAUAGAAAUAUUUAAUGAGGCAAUAUUUACUUAUAAUUCAGAGUUAAUAAAUAUACCAGUUGCAGAAAUACGAGCUGCAAUGGAUAGUACUGAUGAUGAUGUUAAAAAAAUUAAAGCUGAAAAUGAUGAUUCAAACUUGGCAUCGUUGGAGUGUGUUGUAUUGAAAGAGGAUCAUUUUGAAUCAGAUGAUAUAAAAUCAAUUAGUGAUAAUAAUUCUCAAAUAAUUGAUGAAAAAAAUGACAAUAUUAUUGAUAAUAAUAAAUUUAAAACACCUAAAAAACAUGUAUUUAUUUGUGAAGAUGGUAAAGAGCCAGAUGACAGUGAUAAUAUUAACAGAAUAACAUGGACAGAAUCACCAUUUCCAAUUGAUGAUAUUGAUACUUUGAAGCCAAUUCAUGACGAAGUAAUUGACAAGGUUGUUGUUAUGAAAAAUGAUGUUGAAACAAAUACAACGUAUUAUGAUUUUAACGUAGCAUAUGUUGGUGGUACAUCUGAAUCAGGCUAUCAUGUAUUAAAUGCUUUUAGUCGUCAAAUAAAUGAUGUACCAUCUCCACAACAACAACCGAAACGUUCACCUUCAAAAUUAAUGUUUGAUAAAAGCUCAAUGACUGGUGAAAUAAAUUCUGAAAAUGAUGAUGAUAAUGAUGAUGAAAAAAUAAAUAGACUACCUGAAUUGAUUGAAUUAUUUCCUCAUAUACCAAAUGUUUAUUUACAUGAGAUAUAUGAAAAAGUUGAUAAAAAUUUUGAUUGGGCUGUUGAAUUAUUACUUGAAGGUGUGCCAGAAUAUAUACCAUUUGAAAAAACAUCAUCGUCAACUAAAAAUUCAUCAACAUCAGAUUCACCAGCAACUACUAUGCCAGAAGAACAUGAUAAUAAUGUUGAUGUUAAUAAUGACGAUGAACAUACUGAAGAAACAUCAAGUUUAACAUCACGUUCAGCAUCACUAGAUGUACUUAUUGAUACAAAAAGUAGUCCAACAUCAGAUACAGAUACAUCAUCACCAGAAAUAUUACCAAAAGAUGUAACAACACCAACAAAUGACCUUGAAGAAACAAUGGAACUUAAUCUUGGUUUUGAUUUUAUUCAUGCACUUGAAAAAAAAUUUGGUGAUGCUGAUUUUCAUCAAACAGAUGGAUUUUUACCAGUUGUACAAAUAACAAAAUCAAUGGGUGAAACAUUAUAUGCAUUAUGGAUUGAAAGUAUGUGUCAACAAUUAAAUUCACGUCAAAAUUUAUUAGAUGAAAUGAUAACAAAAGAUGCUGUAUAUGCUGAAAAUUUAGAGCGUCAAGAAAAUAUUGAAAUAAUAAAUGAAAAAAAUACACCAAAUAUUGAUGAAAUAAUAGACAUGGAAAUAGCAUUAGCAAGUGUUGAAAAUGAAAGAAAAUCAAUUAGUAAAAGAGAAUCAAAUGAUGAAAUGAUAUUACGUUUAUCAAAACAAAUAUUACAAGAUUCACAUCCUGAUAUUGAUUCAUCUACAUUUAGUGCAAUACUUGAUGUACAUAAUGGCGAUUAUCAUGAAGCAUUUAAAUCAAUUGAAUUAAAUACUGGUAAAAAAAUAUUACCAUGUUAUAUUAAUAAACAAAAAAAUUUAAUGGAUAGAGUUAAAAAAGAAACUAAAAUACCAAAUAUUGUUUAUCCAAAAUGUACUAAAGAACCAAUGAGUUAUAAGGCAGUGUUAACUACUGCUGCAAGAACAUCAAGAAAACUUGCUGAACGUAAAUUAUCAUUGAGAUUACAAAAUAUUAAUAAAGCACAAGAAAUGUAUCACAAAGGUUUGCCAGAAGUUGCUGAAUAUUAUUCAAAUUUAGCAACAUUACAAAUGCGAAAUAAUGAUACUGAUAUUAUAAAUGAUAAAGGUACUGAUGAUUUAUUAGAUUUACAUUAUUUAAGUGUUGUUGAUGCACUUAAUGCUGUUGAUGAAUUUGUCGAUUUUCAUAUUGAUAAAUUAAAUAAAAGUGAGAAUCGAUUGACAACACUUUCAUUAGUCACUGGUUGGGGUGCUAGAAGUAAUGGUGGUGGUAAACUUAAACCAGCUGUAAUUAAACAUCUCACCAAAAGAUCCAUUAAAUUCGUUGAGGAUAAUCCAGGAUGUCUAAACAUUACUCUUCGACGUAAAAAACAGUAUCAAAUUAAAUGAUAAAAACAACAAUAGAAUAAAUAAAUUAUUUUUAAGUUAGCUUGUAUGAUUAAAAUAAAAAAAAUAUAUAUUACCUUUUCUUUUUUGUUUAAAUUCAUAUAUUGCUUAUGCACUGUUAACAGUAAAUUAUUUUUUUCAAUUUUUCCAACUUUUUUUUAAUAAAUAUAAAAUGUUAAUAAUUAUUAUUA